AGCACGCUUGAGCAGGCAGCAGCACUGGCCCCGCCUUCCCCAAGAUCGCUAUCACAGUUGCUGAGUCAGCAGACGCCGCCCCCGGUACGCCUCCGCGAGUUGCCAACUACACGUGCCUCACUAUCCAUUGUCGCGAACGUCGAGCUCGUCCUGCGUACCACCAUGUACAGAAGCCACUCGCCUGCGCAGUCGACAACCUCCGCCUCCGACGACGACGAGGAAAGCUUCAACAAGUCGACCUACUUCGCGCCUCCCGAUGCCUUGACCAUCACGCCCGCUCAAUGGUCAUCUCGACUCCAGCCGUUCCCUCUCCCAUCCGUUUCGGACACUCCUUCCUCGUCACCUGCGUCGCGACUACCUCCAGAAAUUCUGAUCCAUAUUCUGAAGCACAUUCAUUCAUCCAAAGACCUGUAUCAUGCUCUCCUCGUCUCCCGCGCUUGGUGCGAAUGUUCAGUCGAGCUCCUCUGGUAUCGGCCCAACUUCACAAGGCUCUCCACAUUGGUGAAGAUGAUGAGAGUUCUAUCCCGGCAGGACCAGACGUUCGAGUACGCCCGCUUCAUCCGUCGUCUCAACUUCCUCUACCUGGGUAGCGAAAUGACGGACUCAUUAUUGUCUCGCCUCGCGAACUGCGUGAGGCUGGAACGAUUGACCCUAAUCAACUGCACUUCGAUUACGGAUGACGGCCUCGCACGCGUCCUCCCAUCCUGUCACAAUCUAGUCGCGCUCGACUUGACGAGUGUCAGCGAUGUCACCGACCGGUCCAUCGUCGCCCUCGCUGCCGCCACAUCCAAGUUGCAGGGCAUCAACCUCGGUGGCUGCAAGAAACUCACGGACACCUCGGUCCUCGCUCUCGCCGCGAACUGCCCCCUCCUACGGCGUGUCAAGCUCAAUGGCGUGGAGCUCAUUACGGACGAGUCGGUCUCAGCACUCGCCCAAUCCUGCCCACUGUUGCUCGAGAUCGACCUCCAGAACUGCAAACUCAUCACGGACGCAUCUGUGCGGAAGAUAUGGAUACACCUCACGACAAUGCGGGAAAUGAAGCUGUCCCAAUGCGUGGAACUCACUGACCUGGCGUUUCCCGCACCAGCACGCGUCGAUGCGCAGCUUUCUACGGGAUUGAACCCCUUCCCCAUGUCCAACACGCCACUGGCCGAAGCGCUGCCUCCUCUCCGCAUCUCGCAUAUGUUCGAGCAUCUCCGGAUGCUAGACCUUACGGCGUGUUCACAAAUCACGGACGACGCGAUCGAAGGCAUCAUCUCUGUUGCUCCGAAGAUUCGGAACCUCGUUCUCGCAAAAUGCUCGCAAUUGACGGAUGCUGCCGUCGAGAGUAUUUGCAGGUUGGAGAGGCACUUGCACUAUCUGCACUUGGGGCAUGCUUCUGCCAUCACGGACCGUUCGGUCAGGAGUCUGGCGAGAUCUUGUACGAGGCUGCGAUACAUUGACCUUGCAAACUGCACAGAGCUCACGGACAUGUCCGUGUAUGAGCUGUGCAGCCUCCAGAAGCUGCGCCGGAUUGGUCUCGUCCGCGUCACCAAUCUGACGGACCAGGCCAUCUACGCUCUUGGGGAGCGCCACGCGACCCUUGAACGUAUACAUCUAUCGUAUUGCGACCAAAUCACUGUGCCCGCCAUUCACUUCCUGUUGCAAAAGCUUCCCAAGCUAACUCACUUGAGCUUGACGGGUAUCCCAUCGUUCCGUCGACCCGAGCUGCAGCAGUUCUGCCGAACACCCCCACAAGAAUUCAACACAAGUCAGCGCGCGGCGUUCUGCGUGUACUCAGGAAGGGGCGUACAAGACCUACGCCAAUUUCUGAUGGAGCUAUUCACACAUAUCAUGGACGACAGCAGCAGCGUUGACGAAGACGUGCGGUAUGACCGCCGCUACGAUGCGGAUUACGGGCACUAUGAUACGGAGCCUGGAGAUGCCGAUGGGGACGAUGACGAUGACGACGAUGCGGAGUUCUUCAACAAUCCUAAUAUUGUUGUUACGCGGGGCGGGUACAGACCAGAGCCACCUGUCGUCUUUCGGAACUACGUGCCACCCACGACGAGCACGUCCGCACCACAUCCGGCAGCUGUCUCGCGAGAGUUGCAGAUGCUUCGCGAUCGAGGAAGUUAUCCUGUGCCGCGCUCCGCUGUCAUAGUUCAGCCCCAUCCAACGACUGGUCAACAAGUAGCAGGGCCAUCUCGGAGAACAAGGGGCGGCUUUGGUCAGCAGCCGAUCAUCGAGGCGUCGACCUCUCCCGCUCCCAGCGACGUUGCGUCGAAUCGUAGUGGCGGGACCAACGAGUCGACUGGAACCGCGUUCUUCCGGACGUAUGCAGAUCGACCGACGUCUGGAAGCGCAAGGAACGGCGUCAUGACACCAGACUUGGUGUUCGCAGAAAUUGGACACGGGCGAGGGGCAGACCCAGGGCCCAGUAACACGUAUACGUAUCCUCAAAGCCGCGCAGGCAUGACGUCGAUGAACGCGGCGGCGAUGUAUGGCAUGCAGCCUGUCGCACAGGCCUUCGCAAACAUUCAAAGUGGGUCGAGCAUGUCGAACGGGUAUAGACUGCCGGUCGUGGACCGCGACGUACCCAUGGACCCUCCUGACUCGCGAUCGAUCCUCGUGGACGCGUCCAACUCGUACCAUCACACACCCGGACGCAGCGAGGCGUCGCCACCAUGGGCGGGGGACAUGCAGCACGAGAGCGGAACACGGUCGCUCUCUUCCUCGCCAACGACGCGCGAGCUGCAGGAGUCAAUCCACUCCGCGUUGGGGCCACAGUCGGGGUUCUUCGAGAACAGGGAAGGAGACUCGCGGGGGAGGAGCGUGAAGCGGAGUCUUAGAAACACGAUCAGCGCAGCAGAGCAGUACGCGAGCUCGUUCUUUUUCGGAGGACGGGGCUCGAGCGGCGGGCAUGAGGGCGCUGCGGGCCCUGCCACUGGUCGAGAGUCGGAUCCGCAUGGACACUAGGUUUGCUAUCAUCUGUAUCGGAGCAUAUGACCCUUCCAUUAAAUCACACGUCGGUCUAGCACUCAAGUACUCAUUCACUGCAUGGUCUCUUUCCUCGUAUGUUGUACUUCUCGG